AUGGAGUUUACGAGAUAUCAUAAGUUUUUAGCAUUAAUGAUGGUAGUAACUGGUUCAAUUAAUACACUAAGUACAAAUUGGGCAGACCAAAUUAAGUCUAAAGGAUCCGAUGGUGAGGAGAGAAAGUUUAAUCAUCCAUUUUUACAGGCUGCGUGCAUGUUUCUUGGUGAAAUAUUGUGCCUUUUGACAUUCAAAUUAAUUUACUUCAAAACAAGAAAUAGUGGGGGUCACCCUCUUACUAGUGGAAGUCAAGAUUUCAAUCCUUUUAUUCUAAUGCCCGCCGCCAUGUUUGAUUUGGUUGGUACUUCAAUAAUGUAUAUAGGUCUUAACUUGACUUAUCCCAGCAGUUUCCAAAUGUUCAGAGGCUCCAUUAUUGUUUUCGUAGCUGUUCUAUCAACUACAUUCCUUAACAGACAAAUCAUAAAAAGGGAAUGGUAUGGAAUAUUAAAUGUAACCUUGGGGUUGAUCAUCGUUGGUGUCACCGAUGCCUCAUAUCAAUCACCAGGUGAAACAAAAGGCAGGAACAGUCUGAUCACAGGAGAUCUGUUAAUCAUAGUGGCUCAAGUCGUGUCAGCUUGCCAAAUGGUGUAUGAGGAAAAAUAUGUUGCAGGGCUAAAUAUCCCGCCGUUGCAAGCAGUUGGUUGGGAGGGUAUAUUUGGAUUCUCUGUGCUCUCGGUCCUGCUGGUCGCUUUCUACUGGAUACCUGCCCCUCCCCACUUUAGUCACAACCCAAAUGGUACUAUCGAAGAUGCCAUUGAUGGCCUGGUUCAAAUAGGUAACAAUCCAAUACUCCUCUGCGCCGUCUUGGGUACAAUUGUUUCGAUAGCCUUCUUUAAUUUCUCUGGAAUAAGCGUUACCAAAGAAAUGUCAGCGACUCACAGAAUGAUCUUAGAUUCAGUCAGAACUCUCGUAAUCUGGUUGUUCUCAAUUGGUGUCGGCUGGCAAGUCUUCCAUUGGCAACAUGUUAUAGGCUUCGCGAUUCUUAUCAUUGGAAUGUGUGGUUAUAACGGGGUGCUGCCAGAUUGCUCUGCACGACGUUCGCAAUCAGAUGCAGUGAUACAUAACGAGGCCGAUAGACUGGAAGAAGCUUGA